AAAUGUUUUCUAGACAUGUUGUACUUUCUUGUCUGCUUGUAUCAUAUGCUUUUGAGACAUGUGCAGGGUUGUGAAAGAGAAGUAGCAGAAUCUGAUGGAUUCCCAGAAGAGCAUAUAAAUGAGACUAUCAUGAGGUUGUCAUGGGCUCUUGUUCACUCAAGACAACCAGAAGAUAUGCAACGUGGAAUAGCCAUGCUUGAAGCUUCUUUGGCUGGUACGAAUAGUCCUCUACAGAAGAGAGAGAAACUUUAUCUUCUAGCUGUUGGAUAUUACAGAAGUGGUGACUAUUCAAGGAGCAGGAACCUUGUGGAACAAUGUCUGGAGAUUGCACCAGACUGGAGGCAGGCACUGACGCUGAAGAAAGUGGUUGAAGAUCGUAUUGCUAAAGAUGGUGUGAUUGGCAUAGGCAUUGCUGCAACUGCUGUUGGACUCCUUGUGGGUGGGAUUGCUGCUGCCGUGGCUCGUAAGAAGUGAUGGAACUCCAUAAGCCAACUAUGUGCAUAAUAACUUUCUCUGUUGCAUCGAUAUGUUCAAGCUUUAAGAUGCUUGUGUGAUGCACUUGAAUCAAUUUUGGAGUUUGGAUGGUACACUAGUCAAAAUAAAUGUAAAAUAGUUAGACAGGUAAGAUUCAUGGUUCAAGCAGGUGGAAACAGCAAUGGGAUUGGCUCCACCGAUUCUGAUUCUGAUCCAGAAUCUUCCGAGAAUUGGGCAGAAUCAUCUGGACCCUAAAAAAUCGCCUGGAAUCGGCUGGUUCGAAUGGGAUUGAAUCAGAAUUGGUUGUUCCGCCCUCAAUUCCGAAAGCUUGUGUAAAGUUAGAUUGCCUUUUUCUUUACCUUUGCAAAUCAAAUUAUUUGUAGCAUUUCCUAUA